AGUCAUUCCGGCGUGGAUGAACACCGAUAAAUAACGGUCGACUUAUUCACUUCUGGCUCCUGCCUCACAAGCCUGGGUUCUCGAUUCUCAGAACCGCUUUCACCUCUCCGUCUUCUCCGCUCUAGACUUGACUUCGCGACACUAAAUCCUGUCGUUACAAGCCUCGGAGACAAAGCCACCACUAUCCGCCCCCGGUACUCAUAUCCUUGAUCCUUUCUGGAGGCGAGGAAGCAUAUCGCUGCCGAGGCUGCUCCCACUCCGAGAUUCACAAAAUUCCGCCGCCACCAGCAACACCAUUCUCAAGCGUAUCAUUUUGCAGGAGAAAAAGAUGGCAGAAUUUAAAUCAGCGAUAGCCGUGUCACCCUACUCGACGGCUGUGCACAGCAUCGACGCGUGGCCACUAGGGCGAGAUCGCCCUUCUUCAUUCCGCACAAGACUGAUCGACUCUGAACCCGAAAUCACUCUUGACGUCACUGACAGCCCCGAGAAUGACAUGGAAUUCGACGAUAGCGAGUGUGUUACUAUUGAGCGAUCCCUGCGCAUACGUCAACCCCAGGCUAGUGGCCGAGACCAGAUCGUUAGAAGCUUCUUCUCCGCCCCAGUCGACAUGCUCGCGCCAGACCACGAAGAGCAACUCAUGCUCGCCAGCUCGGAUGCCCGGGCAUCACUCCCACCUGUCGGUGUGGCCGUCUCACAGGAGCUGUCCGGCAACACGGCGAAGCGUCGGCCUCUAUCUAGCAGCGAAGAGGGACGCCGUCGAAAAGACCUAGCUAGCCUGCCCAUCGACAACUCGUGGUUCGUCAUUACCAGCGAUCUCUCUCUACUCCCAACCUACGCCCCCAGCGACGUCAUGAAGCGUCGUCACUUCCUCCAAGUCGCAACCGCCAGAGUCAGGGCAACCCGGAAGAGGACAAUGUCACAAAUUCAACGCACAUGUCGUACCGCCCUGCGGAAUGCUCUUGGUCCCGGCUCAAGGCCGACGAAGUGUAUCGCCGUCGGGGUUGUCUGUUGAGAAGAUUUUCUCAUGCACGAAAUGGGAAAUAGAGAAUAAUACCUUCUACAUAAUGUAUUUGUACUGUAUAACACCUCACGAGAGAUAUCCAGCGCCAUAUUUCCGGCCCAUGUUUUCUUCUUUCGGCGGCUCAGUUUCAUUCUGUUCUGCUUUAUGCCGGAUCAACUAUGCCACUACCAACUUGACAACACCCCUCGACUCUAUUACGA